GCCGGACCUUAAGGCCCGGUCGAUUUGACUCCAUCAGAUUGAUUGUUACAAAGAUUGAUUCCGCUAUUUCUUGUGGAUAUUGUAGUUAAUUUUAUGCCAUCACAUCUUAUCAGAGUUUCCGUAAUUCAGUAAUGAAUGCUUAGUGUUACUGUGGGAGAUUUUACGAUAACAUGUCAGCUAAUUUUAUGUAUUCUAAUACUGCACUUUCGUCUCUUAUACCGCCUCAGCAGCAACAGCACUUAGUUACGCAACGUAGUCGGUCAGCUUCAACAUCUAACGCUGGGCCUAAUGUCCACACACAAUAUCAAGUUGCUCUGUCACAACCUUAUCAAAACGUUGGUCCAAUAGAUGGGUCAUGGACUCAGGCGCAAGGACUGUAUGUUAACGGGUUAAAUAAGAUGAUGAAUGUACUUCCUGGACAAAACGUAACAGAUAUGGAACAAGUACCAAUCAGUCAGACAAGUGAAAAUUACAAAUAUGGACCCAACAUCAAACUAACUGAAUUAAAUUCAAGGUCGUGUGCUCACUCUUUUCAACCAUCUAACGGAAAUGCUGGUGGAAAUCACGGAUCUAUUGCUCUAGGAGCACAACAGGUUCAUUUCGCUGUCGCGGCUACUCCCAACGGUCUAGUUCAGCAACACACUGGCCUCCAAAACCCAUCCACGUCAAUACGUUCUGAACAAACUGGUGCCCUUCAUUCAACUUCUCAGCAUCCAUCUGGCUCUUUAGGUCAACCAUUCCUCAUUCCUGGGAUGGUAGGGCAACCGACCAUAAGAACGUUGACGCAGGAUAACCUAUCUUCAGCCUACAGAGAAUCUGGCCCCACUCAGCCACUUCUAACGUCUAGUUCAAAACAAGUAAAUAAUCUCAACAAUACGAACACUGCACGUGACCUGCACCCCCGGAUUCUUGAUGUUAAUGUAUCAAUGAACCAAUCAGCCUACGUCCCAUCUGUCCCAGUCCAACAUCCAGUUGCCUCACACCACCAACUAUACACGAGUCCUACACUUCAGCCACCAUCAUUACAUGGGGUGGUAGAAUAUGUUCAAGCUGUUUAUCCCGCUAAUCCAAAUGUUCAUAUUCCAUAUACGCAGCAAUCUGCAGCUUUGUAUGGUCAUUAUCCUGCUCAAAUAACCACUGGAUUCGAUUCAACAAUAAAUACAAACUUUAAUUCACGUAUACGUCACAACACUUGGGCUGGUCUCGAAGAUAAUAUGUCUGCUGUGAAUCAUGAUUCAUCUGCUAGGAAAAUGAAAAACGAAAAGGUUUUGGUUCCAAAUGAUUUCCCAUCUACAGUCAACGAAUAUAGCUUAAAUUCACAUGGUUCAUUUUCUCAAUAUACAGCCACUCCAUAUUUUCCUGGUUUCAAUCAAUCAUCUUUUUACCAAACAGAUGGUCAAAAGCCAGAUAUCCCUAAAUUACCCGGAUCCGUUACAUUCCAACAUGGUGAAACACAAAAACAUCCAUGCAGUUAUCAAAAUCUCGCUUCCUUACAGUUUAAUUCCUCCUCAGCUAUGACUAACAACAAAGCAGAUUUCCCCAGUAAUGAUGUUUCAUAUAUGACUUCUGUCCCAGUAGGUCAGUUACCUUCAAGAUCAAAUUAUCGAGUUCACAAAAACUCAUACUUGUCAUCAGUUCCAUCUUGUAUGCCCGUUCAAAACAAUAAUAAUUAUAACGGUAACAAUAACAACCAUAAUCUCUCUUCUCAUGCUUACGUUUUUAAUUCUGAUAAUUCAAAAGCACUACAACAAUCAACUUAUCCUUUGAGAGACAAUUAUCCUCGCAUAAAUCACAAACCUCGUGAAUGGAAUAAAUCUAAGGAUGCAAUGCAUCAUAAACCUCCAUCAAGUUCUUAUCACUCUCGUUUAAACAAUACAAAAUCAAAAACUGUAAUUAAAAAUUUCUCUACAGACAAACAAGCUGGUCUUAAUGACCGUAAACCUGCAUCUAGUUCGGUAAAUGAUAGAUUGACACAGACGGACAAACAAACUAACUCUUUUACUGUUCAAACGACUAGUUUUGUAUCCUCAGGUGGUCAAGGUCUCAUAUCUUCACUACCUAAAACGAACCAGGACUCUAGUUCAAACCAGCAGCUAAAUACAAAGACUACUCAUUUCAGCUAUCAUCCACAGUUUCAUACAAACGUUCAUGGUUCAGUAAGCCAGACUAAUGAGCAUUCUGUUGCAGGCCCACCACAGCAUUUGGGGAAUUAUCAAUCAUUUUUUGCCAAUAACAACCUUCUAUCUAGUUAUAUUCAAAGUCUUCCUGAAAAUAUGGUAGCUAGUUUGAAAUUAAGCGGUUUUCGCUUGGUUCUUGAUUCUUGUCCAACAAGGUUGUUACUUAGCACAUCAUUAGUUGGUUCAAUUAUUGGUCGAGGUGGUCGAACCAUUCGUCAGAUCACAACAAAAACAGGGGCUAAAAUUGAAAUGAAACAAGAUAUUAUUACUUUUUCACAGUUCUCUUUGCCUGGGAAAGGUAAAAAGACAGUGAAAUCAUCUGAUUCUGACAGUGCCAAUCACGUUGCAUGUACUAAUCAUUCUGGAGAGGAAGAAGAAAAUGGAAAAAAAGAAACAAUCCAACCGUUUGAUAAUGCGGAUACUUUUACAAAUACUGAUGACAAUCCAAAGGCUGAUGAACCAGCAGAAACGUGUUCGAAUGUCAAUACAGAGUCUAUAUUAGCUAAUAAAUCUCAAUCAAAAUUAGAAGUUCAGUCAGAUGAGAGUCAGCUUGCAGUUCUUUUCGGAUCAAGAGAACAAUGUUCAGCUGCACUAUGUGAAAUGCUUACAAUAUGUUUUCGUGAAUCUAAACAUCGUGGCUUCUCUGAUCCUUGUUUAGGUUUACUUGUUGAACAACAUAUUUAUACACAGCUGAUAAUGAAUAAAGGGAAAAAGUAUUUCAAUGCUAUUCAUGCAGCUACAGGAGCACGCAUAUCGGUAACAGGAACACCACUUCAAAUUCGUUCUUCCAAUGAUGAUGAAAAACAUAAUUUAGCUCCUACCGACAGAGUAUUAGUUGUUCGUGGCCAAUUACAUUCUAUAUGUGCCGCUGAAGCAUUUCUCAGUGAACAAAUUCGAUGGGCAACAAUUGAAUCGUCUAUACCAUCUAAUUUUUGGCCUUUACUCAAUCAUCUUCCUUCUCUUCCAGUGAAUAAUAAUAAUAAUAACAAUAAUAAUAAUCAUAAUAGAUCAUCAAAAUCUUCCAAUGUAUCAUCAUUUAGUUAUGAUCCACAAUCAGUUUGUUCAUUAAUCAUGUCUUUAGGAUCUAUAUUUUGGCCUCAUUCUGUAUGUGCUAAACUUGGAAAAAAUACUAAUAUUCAACAUUAUAAUAAACGAUCUUUAAUGAGAAAUAUGAACACUUCACAAACUAUAUCUAAAGAUAUUUCUACAAGUAUGGCAAAUGAUGAUAAUCUCAACUCAACAAAUUUAGUCGGUGUUGACGACGAUAAACAAACAAAUCAAAGCGAUCAAGACAAUGAAACUAUGAAUGAUAAUAAUGACAAUCUAGAUAGUAUCAGUGUUCACGAUGAAAAAAGUGAUAUCAUCCUCGAAACAAGUGAGAAUUUGGACAAUACACUUAAUCAGUUAUCAGUACACAACGAAUUGUCUGUUGAUGAUAAUGAAGAUGAUGAACAGAAAGAGGAGGAGGAGGAGGGGGAGGAUCAGCAGCAGGAGGAAGGUUUUCACAAUAAAACUAUCAACAGCGUUGUGUCGUCCGAUUUUGAACAGGACAACAAUGAAUCCACUAUUGUUUUAAAAACAUCUAACGAGAAUAAAGAAACAGAGUUACAACCGCUAUCUGAUGAUUGUGUUGUUGAUUCGGAAAUGCAAAAAUUGGAUAAAUCAGAUCAAUUAAAACCUGAUCUACAUACGGUUGGACGCUUAACUCGUCCAACAAUCCAUAAAGAAACCAACCUUACCAUGGCAACCGCUGUUCAACAGUCAUUAAUUGCAGCUGUAGGUCCAAUAGCUUGGUUAGCUACCGGCGGUAUGCUUUAUAUGCGUGUCUCUUACAACGAAGCUGGUGCACUAAUUGGGUCGGAAGGAUCUCGAAUCCAACAACUUAUGCAAAUUACAGGAGCUGAAGUACAUAUUGGCAAGGUUCCAAUAAGUCCACCGUAUGCAUUAAGUCCAAUGACUUGUAAUCGUAAUUAUUCAAACAAUACUAUUCCACCAUCUGAUGAAAAAUCACCAACAUGUAUAUCACUUGCUGAUACUUUCUUGAAUGAUACUGUGAUUGCUGCUACAAACUGUGAUUCUUCGCUUCAUGUUAACACUAAUCACAAUAAUCCAUUAUUAUCUACAUGUAAUAAUGAUCAUGUUGACAAUAUUACUGACAAAAAUCCGAUUAAUGAUAAUGAUGAUAUGAUGAAUACUAGUCAAUCUAUAAACAAUGUCAAUGAUGAAUUAUCAUUGUCAGUGGAUGUUAAUGAAAAUGUUAAUAAUAAUGAUGUUGAUGAUGAUGUUAAUUUCACUGAACAACAACAACAGCAACAACCUAAUAAUGAACUUGUUGAUAAUGAUGAUGAUGAUAAGGAAACAAUUGGUACAAAUGAAGUAACUGUCGUAAACAAUAAUAAUAAUAAUAAUGAUAGUAAUGAUAAUCAUGUAAUUACCACUACAAAAGAAUGCACAGAAGUGAUUUCUUCAAUUACUGUAAAUCCUUCAGUGAAUAAUGAUGAUACUCAUGAUGAUAGUAAUGAGAAUGAUACUACUGUAGACCUAUCGAAUGAUCAAAUACCUGAAUCCGUUGAACAAAAAUCUAAUACAAUGCCAUCAUCGUCAUCAUCUAAUCAAUCAUAUCGUUUAGUCAGUUUAUCUGGUUCAGCUCAAUCACAAAUUAUGGCUCAAUGGCAAAUAUUUCAACGUCUUAAAAAUUUGCAUAAACGCCAGACAACUUCAUCAAGUGAUAAUUCAAGUCAGAAAUUAUUUUGUUUAGCCACUUUAAUAUGUCUACCAUAUCGAUUUCUCUGGUGGCUUACAACUCAUAAUCCAGGAUUCACAGAAGUAUCUCAAUCAUCCUCCAUUCUUACAUCGACUGUCUUUUCAAAUUUCGAUCACUCUGAUAAUAACGAUGAUAAUAAUAGUAAUAAUAAUAAUAAAUCUGGAACAUCUCCGUUAAAUUGGAUUCAAUCAUUGGCUAGUAGACGUUUAAAUGCAAAUUUAUCAUCAAGUGAUUCAGUUAGAAAAUUUAUUCAUGUACUACCUGAGCCUAGACGACGUAAGCGUUUAGUGCAACAACAACUUAAACGAAUCAAUGCUACUCUACGUGGCCAACAACAACAACAUUUGAACUAUGCUAAUGGUAAUUGUUUGUCAAAAUCACUUAUUCUACCACCGAAAGGGCUAACUAAUGAUGGGUUAGAUCAAUUAUGGUCUCAUCCUAAUCGUAUACCAUUAGAAAUAUAUGCUGAUUUUGACACUACACAACUUAUUCUAACAAAUCUACAUCAUAUGUUAGCUUUGUGGUUAUAUGGACAAUCUCUUGCUGGCGCUUCUGUUCAAUCGUUUAUUCAAGCUCCUAUCAUAUAUGUACUGCCUAAUAGACGCCCAACCAAUACGUCAACCUCAGAUUCAGCAAAUGGUCGAUUAUAUUCAAAAUCCAAUCGACAUAAUACAGACCAAUUCGAUCAUUGGGCACUUAUUCCUGGUCAUCAAGAUGCUUUUUUGAAUUCCUUGAAACAACCAUUUCAUGUUCCAUUGUUACCGGGAGGUAUUCCAAAUUUUGGAUCCUCCACAGCGGCAGCUUCUCCUAGUUAUUCAACACCUAUGGUUCCAGACCGUUCAGGUUUCGCGAAUCUGGCUCAACCUUUUUAUUAUCCUCGAUACCCGUUGAUAAAUUGGCAUGGAAUAGCUAGUAGCAAAUACUCAGGACAAACGAUGCCGUCUGACCCUACCACAACAAGACCUCUGCGUGUCGGACCUCCAACACUAUAUGGCUGUUGGCCACGUGGACGUUUCGGUGAUACAAUAGAUGAAAAGCACAAUAUUGAAAUAAAUCAGCCCUCUUCACAGUCUACACGAUUUCCAUCAGCUGGUACUGGUUACACGUUUAUCACUAACCUACCUCUCCCACCUCCAUCGCAUCCACCUACAAGUUUAAAUCAUGUCCACGUAUCUACUCAAUCUCAAGUUAUUCCUGGUUCUUGUUAUCGUAGUUCAUCAGUUUCAUCACAUUCUAAUAAAUUUAGAUUUCGUAACCCAUGCAGUGGUGGAAACCCAGUGGAACCAUUUAUUUUAAAUAGUAUGCCUUUGUUGGACACACCAAAUCAGAUCAAUCAUCAUACAAAUUUUAAUCACAAUUCAAAACAAGCAAUUCAUGUUACAAUGAAUGAGGAGAAAACUCAGGGGAUACGUACAAAGCAGAAUUUUCAAGAAUCACGGCGGAACAAAGAGGUUUUAGUUGCCGGUGGUGAUAGGUAGAUUUGUUCCAAUAUCGUCCCCAAUCUAUCUCUCUCUCUCCCUCUCUCUCAUUUUUACUUAUUUUUGUUUUUUCAUUAAUUUUCAUCUUUGCCUCUCACGCUCAUUUUAUAACCAUGAUUGGGGAAUCAAUGAAUCUAGCACACAAACUUGCCAUGAGUGUACACACACACACAAUCAUUAGUAAUUUUCUCUUUCAGUUCGUUAUCCCUUGGUCGUUUUUCUUUCCUCUGCUUGUGUUGUGUUUCACUUGAAUUACUAUCACUGUUCUCGAUUUCUUUUGCCGGUCUCCUCACUGCUUCUUCCCCAUUACUUACUCUUUGUUUCAUAUUGUUUUCCCCGUUCUCGGUCAUUUCUCUUAUUUUUUUAUACGGUUCAUUUUAUUUCCUCUCUCUCUGUCUUUCCUUCCCAUUAUUGUUAUCUGUAGUGUAUGACACUAUGGACGAUCGUGAUAAUGAUGAUUGUGUUGAUUUCGUAUGUGUGAAGACAGAAGAAAAUGAUUAUGUGCUUGUAUUAUGUGUUCAUAAUAAAAAUGGUUUACUCUUUUUUUUUUACCUCCCGCCCCACCACUCAGACUUUAAUUCUUCUUCUUCUUCUUUUCUAUUAUUCUUUUCAUGCUUCUAUUUCCUCCUUCUACUACGACCUGGGUUGUUUUUCUUUUUUAUAGGAAUAAAAUUAAAAAUUCAAAUCAUAUUGGAUUAAUGUAAUGUAGACCACCAAUCGAUUUUGCUCAUAUGUGCAGCUCACCCACCAUAACACAAAGACAACAACAACAUCAUCCUGUAUGUGUAUGUACUCUUUCUUGCAACCAGUAUAAUAUUUUUUUCAAAAGUCGCAAAACUGUGUUUUCACAGUGUUUUGCUGUUCAUUGCUGCUCAAUAAUACCUAAUUCUUAAUGAACGAACUAACUAACUAUCUAUCUAUCAUACAAUACAAUACAAAAUACAAUGAUGAAUCAUUAUAUUUGAUAGAAAUUAUUAUUAUGAUUAUUAUUAUUCCUCUUGAUUAAUUUGUAUAAUUAUAUACAAUGAAUGUGUAUCAUUGUGUAUUGUGAUGUUGAUGUUGAUGAUGAUGAUGAUGACGACAAUGACAACCAAGUCUCUUUCACACAUAUAUAAAUAUUUGUUGUUACAUCAUCUCAAGAAGGUUAAGAUGCUCCUACCCGGUGUUGUCUUUCACACCUAUGCGAGCGUACUACCGAAUACUGAAUAAUUUGAAGAAGAAGCAGAAGUAGAAACAUAAAACCAAACACACAUACUUAUGUACAUUUAUCUGUGCCUCUAGAAAGAGUAAAACAAGAACCAAGAUUCAUCAGAAAACAAAAAGUUCAAUAAAACAAAAUAAAAGGACACAAGAAAUAUCAGUUGGAUAAUAACGUUUCUUUUUUCUUAAUUUGAUUCAAAUAUUAUAUCAUCUCAAUUAACAACUGUGACACUAGUAAUAAUAAUAAUAACAACAACAAUGUUCUGUGUAUGUUUUUUGUGUACGUUUUGAUUUUUGCUCCCGUUCCCGUUCUCUCUCCCUCUCUCUGUCUCUCUCCUGUAUCCCUCCCUAUUUUUAUCCCGUUUUUUUAUAUUUUAUUUACUCUUCAAUUUUAACAGUUAUCCCUUAAUUAAUGUGUAGAAACUUUGUGCACGAUAUAAUUUUUUUUUCUAUUUAUUAAAGAAAAAUGAAAUAAUGAGAAUAGUUUGUUCUUAAUUUAUAAAUUUGUUUGUUUUUUU